UUUUACAGCUGAGGAGAUAUUUGACAACGGUUUCGUCGGGAAACAAUUCGUCAAAAUUGUUAAUUUCAAGUCAUCUUUAAUUGUUGGAACAUGAUACGGUCAACUUGUUAAGUAUAUAGCAAGUUUUAGGCAGAUAUAAGAGAGUGAAGGAGUUUCUUAAGUGUGGAAUUAGUGAGUGUUUUCUCGGUUCGAAAUUUUGUUUGGUAUUUUGAAACCAAUUCUCCUGUGCUAUUUCAAUGGAGCAGCUUUCGCUUGUUGACAUCAGAAACUCGACAGUGUGUGUUGAUUUGUGCACCAUUUUUCAUCCGUUAGCCACGAACUGCACAAGUCCUAGUUUUAGUAGUAGACCUAUAAACAUGCACUGUUGUUUUAUCAGUGGAAGAUCAACAUUUGCGUGAAGAGGAAAUUUUGACUUUUUGAGGGACUUUUUCCAAAGUAAAGUUAAGGAAGUUCCGUUGUCGCAGACUCAUCAGAGCAGCAGGCCAGAAGUCACACCAGUCUACACUCAGUCAGAAACAAAUAUUUCGCAAACACCCAACAUGAAGCUUUUGGAGAAUCCAAAUUUGGAUGCAAUGGGAAAUGCACUGACCAUUGAAACAGGAGAUUGCAAAUUAUCAGGAAGGCUGGAGAGUUACUCUUGCAAGAUGGCAGGUAAUGACAAGCGCCUCUUUAAGAUGUUGAGCCAGGAAAACGGCCACACCCCAGAUGACCUCCAGGCGUUGUCCCCUCCGCAGAGCCAGCUAUCGCUCAGUCCUCGUGCUGGAAUAAGCCCCCAGACAGGGAUGUACAGUACCAGCGCUGGGGAUGAGUCCAGUGGACCGCUGUGCCACACAUGCAGUCGCAAAAUGAUCUUCUACCUGAUUUCAACACUCAACGCUUCUUUUCAGCCAGAUUAUGAUUUCAGUGAUGCCAAAAGCCAUGAGUUUAGCCGUGAGCCCAGUUUGGAUUGGACUGUCAACGCUGUGGACAGUAACAUGUUCUCCACUUCGGGUGACAUCUAUGCAGCACAGAUCCGUCCCAAAUUAUGGGCUGCUAUCAAUGAUGAGAUUAACCCAAAUGAGUGUGAAAUCUACAGCUACAACCCGGACCUGGAGUCAGAUCCUUUUGGAGAAGAGGGGGUCUUGUGGUCCUUCAACUACUUCUUCUUUAACAAGAAACUGAAGCGAAUCCUGUUCUUUGCAUGCAGGGCCAGCAGUAAAACCUCCACAGUAGGUGCUGAUUCUGGUAUCGGACAUGACUUUGAUAUGUUACUUGAUGAGGAGAUAUCUGAAGACGAUGAUGGUUAUGAAGAGGAUGAAGCAAGUGGUGUGUACAUGGACGACAGCUUCAGACAGGAGAGGGUUACACCGUUGAUGUAUUGAGUGAGCAGUGAGGCUGGUAGCUCUGUCCGAUGACAACAAUGUGUCUUGGUACAGGUUUGUGGUUGAACGAGGACCCUCCGAAAUCUGCGGACAGUUUGUGGGAAGAGAGGCGAAGACAAGGAUCAGAUGCAAGUUCUUAUCAAAAUCAAUUUUAAUUCCUGGUGUUUAGUUCUAACCAAUCCUGUUAGUUGUAAGAUGAUUUGGGAUUACUUUAUCCAUGAGAUUUGUAACGGUUGUUGCUGUAUUUCUUUGUAAUAUUAUCCGUCUUUCAUUAUGUUUUUGUGUGGCAUGUCGUUAGUCCAUUUUGUUUUCUGUAUUAGACAGGGUGUGUUUUUGUUUCCUCUGACAAUUUCCAAAAGGGGCCUACAAGCUUUCUUAUGGUUUGUAGCUUUCUGCAAAGAGGAUAGUGAUUUUCCUGCUUGUAGAUCUAGCAUUAAUGUACAUAUCCGAGAAAGAUUCUGGCAUUAUACAUAGAGUGAAAGUGUUCCUUUGGAAGAAAUGGCCAGUGUUGAUCAUCAACCGAAAGUUUCCUCAAACCCAAGAAGCGCAAUCUUUAAUUUGAACCCGAAACACACACAAGUAGAAGUUUAAUUCUGAAAAUCAACCUGAUACCAGAAUUUGAAAGCCAACUUAUCUGUCAUACCUUUGAAUAUUAUCCCCUAUGGUUUUGAAAGAUAAAUUAAAAUGUGUAUGCCAGCAAAUGUUGUCAGGUCUUGCCUGAACACACGAUUCUUCUAAAAAGAAUUCCUGUUGGAAGAAAGUUCAAGACAUCAGAAGAAGAACAAAUUGUCUGAAAAGUUUGCUCUGUUCUUGGUUUCCCUUUUGAUGUGUCAAAAGUUUCUAUCAUUGUUUUUUAUGAUUUUGUUGGUAGACAGUAGUUGGUUGUCUUGAGGUUGCAAUAACUAGAACAAAACAAAAAUAAAUCAAAAUUCCAAUGUGUAUAGUGUAAAUAUUUAUAGAGAUAUAUAAUUUAAUAAAAACUCAUCUAGUUUCCUAGUUUGUAAAAAGUCUGUGUUUGGAUGUGGUUUGUGUUUGGAUGUGGUUUGUGUUUGGAGGAUGUAGAUGCCAUCCAUGGUAACUUACAUUGUGUGUUGAAUGUAAAUAACAACAAUUUACUUGAUGAGUUUAAGGCUUAUUACAUUUUUAUGAUACCGACAGGGUUCAAUUUCACCAAGUAGUCAAAUACUUUCGUCUUAAGAUGAGUUGGCAGUAUUGCUAUAUUGAUUUGUAUUGUCACAUCACACUUAUCACAUGCUAAGCAAUUUAAGAUAAGUACAAAGUUAAGAUCAAUCUUCAACUCUUUGUGAAAUGGAUCCAUGUGCAAACAUGCUUUUAGCUUCAUGCUUUACAUGCUUUUAGCUUCAUGCUUUACAUGCUUUUAGCUCAUUGAUGCAAAAUAUUUCUGUUUUGCAUUUGUUAUAUUCUACUUGUAGAUUGUGAAAUUUAUAAAGGACUACAAGUGAGGAGCUUGUUAUUAAAAUUAAAUUAUCAUAAUAGAGAAUACAAACACCAUAAAGCUAUCCGAUCGGUCACUGGGUCACUGCUUGAUUCUACUUGUACUUGCACAAUUUUGUUAAGCCUUCCUGAUACUGACGUGUUUUGAAGCUUGUGUGUGACCGAGGAACGGAUUUUUCAGAAAACUUGUGUUCGUGUUGAAACUCGCACAAGUUUGUAUGAAAGGAUUGGGGUUAAUGCCCAGUUUUAAAGCUUCAUGAUAUGCACAGAUGUGUAAGUAAAUUUGCUGGAUAGAAUGCCUGCUGUAUUGUAUUUUGAACUGAGAUUUUAGUCACUUUAGUGGGAAUUGUAAGUUGAGGAUGCGGUUAAAUCAUGCACUAUCUUAUAAUAUUCCUAUUUGCUGUCCCACAGUGACUUGUAAAAAAAUUAAUUUAAUGUAUUUAUUUUACUUGGAUUCACCUUUUGAAGUAGAUUGCUUCAAAAACAAAAAAUUGUUUGUUUGAAGAACAUUAUUCAGUUGAGAGACCACCAAAAACACUUGAUCGUGUAUUUGACCAUAUAUUCUAUAAUGCACUGUAUUGUUUGGAAUGAUUGAAGUUGCGUUGGCUUGGAAUGAUUGAAGUUGCGUUGGCUUGGAAUGAUUGAAGUUGCGUUGGUUUGGAAUGAUUGAAGUUGCGUUGGCUUGGAAUGAUUGAAGUUGCGUUGGCUUGGAAUGAUUGAAGUUGCGUUGGCUUGGAAUGAUUGAAGUUGCGUUGGCUUGGAAUGAUUGAAGUUGCGUUGGCUUGGAAUGAUUGAAGUUGCGUUGGCUUGGAAUGAUUGAAGUUGCGUUGGCUUGGAAUGAUUGAAGUUGCGUUGGCUUGGAAUGAUUGAAGUUGCGUUGGCUUGGAAUGAUUGAAGUUGCGUUGGCUUGGAAUGAUUGAAGUUGCGUUGGCUUGGAAUGAUUGAAGUUGCGUUGGCUUGGAAUGAUUGAAGUUGCGUUGGCUUGGAAUGAUUGAAGUUGCGUUGGCUUGGAAUGAUUGAAGUUGCGUUGACUUAAUUUACACAGUUUGACUUAGUAUGGAAAUAUUUUGCCGUUAUUUUGAGGAGUGUUCUAAAGGAUUUCUGCUCUAAUUUAAACUUUGCAUAAUUAAUCAUCUGAAAUACUUCCUUGUGACACAUUUGCCUUUUUAAUUCUUGUUUUUUAAAUGGAAAGUUAAUGAAGAUUAAAAAUUAAAGCCAUACACUGUUAUCCUGUUGAUAUAACCCCUGCACUCCUGUGAGGUACGGCACAGCAUCAAAUGAAAGUUACGUAUAAUAGUUCUUUCAUGUUUAAAUGUUCCUUAGGUUUGAAAAAUAACAAUGUACAGCUUAGUAGUUCUUGGGAAGAAGACUUUAAAACGAUGAAAUAGUGUGUACUUGAAAGAACUUCUGUGACGGUGAUAUUUUGACCAGCUCUUAAACUUGUGGAACAAAAGUUUGGCUUCAUGUACGCAAACAUCUAUUUGAAGGUGAUAAUAUAAUCAUGGUGCAAGCUGUGGCUUCACUACUUUGAGCAAAGGUUGAAAUCUUUAGGCAGCACUUGAGGGAAAGCACAGUGAAUAUCUUGCGGGGGUGCAAUGGGUUUUUUGCUCAAAAUGUCAAAGCACCUAUUAUACACACAUCUGUAAGCACUACUGAUGACCAAUUUUAAAAAAAACUAUAAUGCAACGUCUGGUGUCACUUGAAUAUUUACUUUUGGAUGUAAAACUAGUGGUGUGUAUCAUUCUUGUUAUUUUUUAUAUUUGUAUAAAAUAGUUCAAUUCAUGUAAAUAUUAACAGUUUGUUUCACUGUUGAGGAAAGUAGAUAGAUUCAAUUAAAAUGUUGAAAUUUUUCAAGGUUAAAAGA